AUGGAGUGCUGCCAACCCUCUGCCGAUUUCCUGUGUAUCUUAAUUGACCAUCCUCGUAUACCGGUAGAGGAGAAGGAGGCUAUACUGAGGCAAAUCGCCCACCUAGCAGAACUGGAGGAGGAUACUCUACCGUCCAAUCCUGAGGACUACUACCUCUCUCUUGGUACAACAGAAUCUGAAUGCGAAUCGCCGCUCGAAAGGCGAGCUGAACGCAGCCCUAGUGGCGAAUCGCCAUCACCUGAAAAGGUGAAUCUACGCGGAGGGGGUGGCGCCCCAGUGAAGCCACGAUGGCGCAUAUAUGACCACGAACAUGCCAUCAAAGGAUGCAAUUUCCAGGUGGACAAUAGCCAUCUACCAGGGGCUUUGCGGCGCGGUGAGCAUGAUCCGCCAGUGUUGAUAGCGGAUGAUAACUCCGGGAGCGCAAAUGCGCUAUACGAUACGAUUGAACAGACUGUCGUAUUUUUCAAGAUGGUGUUUGGCCACGACCCCGGUCUAGGGAAGAACUACUUGGUGGCUUCAUAA